AUGAGCAACUCGAUGCGUGAUUUCGUUGACGGCGAGGCCGAACUUGAUGACGAUGAAGAAGAGGAGUCUAUGGACGAAGAUGGCGAGCCCGUCGCCCGUAGAAGAAACGUUGCCCCUGAGGAUUCUUCUGAGGAGGAAGAGGACGAUGAUGAUGAGGAAGAGGCUCGCAAGAUUCGUGAGGGAUUCAUCGUUGACGAAGAUGAAGAAGAAGAGGAAGGCGAAGACUCAGAUGCCCAAGAGCGAGUUGUUAAGAGAAAGCACCGUGACAGGGAAGAGGAGGAACAGCUAGAUGAGGACGAUCUGGAGCUGAUUGGAGAGCAACUCGAACGCCGAGCACCUACACAGCCAAAGUUCAAGCGAUUGAAACGAGGACAUCGAGACGAGGAUGACCGCGGUACUGAACGACGCGGCUUGGAAGAUAUGUUUUCAGACGAAGACGAAGAAGCCAAUGAACAACGACACUACGGUCGAGCGAAUUACCGCUCCCAGGCUGACGAAUUCGAUGACUUUAUUGAAGAGGAUUUCCCUGAAGAUGAGGAUGAGCGAGCGCGCCAACUUGAAGAUGCAGAAGUCGCGCGACCGCGUGACAAGGGUGUUGGAGGUGUUGUAGACACCGCUGGCCUUGACAAAGAUGCUCUGGAGGAUAUGGAGGCUAUAUUCGGAAACGGAGAGGAUUACGACUGGGCCCUGCAAAUGGAGGACGAAGAGGAGGAUCGGGAGCGCGAGGAGCAAGCUAUUGAGCUCAAGGACGUCUUCGAGCCAUCGCAGCUGAAGGAGAAGCUGCUGACUGAUGAAGACAACCAAAUCCGAUUCACCGAUGAGCCCGAGCGAUUCCAGCUAGACCGGAAACCCUUCAAGCACCUGCAAAUCACUGCUGAACAGUUCAAGGAAGAGGGUCGGUGGAUUGCAGCUUUGAUGUGGCCCAAAAAGUUACUCCAGUCAGAACUGCACAGUCCCUUCACCAAGGCUAUUGGGAAGGUCUUGGAGUUCUUCGUCGUUGACGAUGUUGAGGUACCGUAUGUGUUCCAGCAUCGUAAGGAUUAUUUGAUCCAUGCGAAAAAGACGAAGAACCCUGAUCACCGAGACGACCCCGAUGCUCCUGAGUACAUCGUCAGUGCUGAUAAACUACUCACACAAGACGAUUUGUGGCGUAUCCUCGAGCUGGACAUCAAGUUUCGCUCGCUUAUCGAGAAGCGGAAUGCUUUGGAGAAAACAUUUGAGAACCUCAAGUCUUCGGCAAGCAUCGACGACGAUGUUCUGACUGACAUGACCUCCCAAGCAGCGACUAUGGAGGAGCUACAGGACCUCCAGGACUACCUUCACUUCCAAUACACUGCCGAGUUGAAAGACCUGUCUUCGAUCAACGGAAGCAGUAACCAGAUGAAGCGUCCGGGCUCAAAAUCGAACCUGUUUGACCGCAUUCGCAGGAGCAAAGCGGCCGGUUUUGUUCGCGCGUACGGUAUCACACCGGAUCGGUUUGCGCAAAACACACUUCGUGAGGGCAACAAGGUCAUUGCCGACGACCCUAGUCAACUUCCUGAUGACCUUGCUGAUUCUCUCACCGAUGAAGAGUUUCAGACAGGUGAUUCAGUUAUGUACGCCGCUCGACAAAUGUAUGCCGAGGAACUUUUCGUCAACCCUCGUAUGCGUAAACAUUUCAGGGUGAACUUUUACCAGAUGGGCGAGAUCAGCUGUCGCCGAACAGAAAAGGGAUUGAAGAAGAUCGACGAGUCACAUCCGUUCUAUGAAGUCAAGUACCUAAUCAACCAAACCAUCGCAGACGUCGCUCGUCAGCCGGAACUUUACCUCAAGAUGAUGAAGGCAGAAGAGGAAGGCCUCAUCGAAGUCAAGCUGACUUUGGAGAACGAGGACGGAUUUAAACGCCAUCUACGCCAGGAAUUUAUCUCGGAUAACUACAGCGAGCUCGCUGAUCGUUGGAACGAUGAGCGACAAAAAGUCCUCGAUCUUCUUGUUCCCCGUCUUUCUAAAGUCAUUGCGAAAGGCGUCAAGGAGUCACUUCGUACGGCAUGUCAAGAAGAGGUGCUCAAGGCUUGCCGUGAGGAGUAUUCUAAGAGGCUUGACCAGGCACCAUACAAGCCAAAGGGCAUGAUUCUCGGAACCGUCCCUCGCAUUAUCACUCUUUCAAACGGUAUGGGAGACCCCGCCCGCGACGCUACCUCAUGGGUUUCAGUUGAGGAAGACGGCCGUGUUAUCGAGCAGGGCAAGCUUGGAAACUUGGCGCGGGAUGAGAAUGCUCGCGCUGAGUUUGUUGAUAUUGUCAACAGACGUCGUCCUGACGCAAUUGGUGUGAGCGGAUGGUCAGCGGACACUCAAAAACUCGUUAGAGACCUGGAAAGCUUAAUCAGCGAUAAGGGUUUAAUGGGUCCAGAGUUUGAUGAUCCUGAACUCGGUGAAUACAGAACCGAGCCGCUAGAAGUCAUCGUCGUCAAUGACGAGGUUGCCCGCCUAUACAAAGACAGUCCUCGAGCAGUAGCAGAGCAUCCUACACUCAGUCCUCUUACAAGGUACUGUAUUGCUCUGGCUCAUUAUAUGCAGAAUCCGCUGAAGGAGUAUGCCGCUCUUGGCAAGGAUAUUGCAUCGUUGGCUUUCCACCCCUGCCAAAACCUUCUGCCUCAAGAGAAGCUUCUCAAGCACCUUGAGUCAGCAAUGGUUGAUAUGGUCAAUCUUUGCGGUGUUAACAUCAAUGAGGCUGUGGGUGAUUCAUACACAGCCAACCUACUGCCUUAUGUUGCAGGUCUCGGUCCUCGAAAAGCUACAAGCGUCAUCAAGGCUAUCAACGCCAAUGGUGGAGCUGUGAGCAGCAGAGAUGAGCUCGUUGGUGAUCCUGAUAGCGGGAAGUUGCCAGUUGUAGGCCCUCGGGUCUGGAACAACUGCGCCAGUUUUCUGUUCAUUGAUUACGACGCCACAAAUCCUACUUCCGACCCACUUGACAAUACACGUGUUCACCCAGAGGACUACGAAUUGGGCCGCAAAAUGGCAGCUGAUGCCCUGGAGCUUGACGAAGAAGACGUUAAGGCGGAGACAGAUCAUAACGGUCCGGGUGCCAUUGUUCGCAAGCUCUUCAAGGAGGACGAACAAGAAAAGGUCAAUGAGCUUAUCCUGGAGGAGUACGCUGAGCAGCUUGAGCGAAACUACAGCCAGAGAAAGCGUGCCACUCUUGAGACCAUUCGAGCUGAACUUCAAGCUCCGUAUGAAGAACUCCGACGGAAUUUCGCAACCCUUGGUGCACUUGAGAUCUUUACCAUGUUCACUGGCGAGACGAAGGAUACCCUGGCUCAAGGCAUGAUCAUCCCUGUCAAUGUUCGGGUUGUGAAGGAUGAAUUUGCAAUUGUAAAACUUGAUUGUGGUAUCGAAGGGCGCAUCGAAUCGCACGAUGGCCCCGAUGGCGUCCGAGUCAGGGGUCUUUUGUCAAGCGGGCAGACAGUGCAGGCCAAGGUCCUUGAUGUAAAUUACAAGGACUUUGUUGCCAAGCUUUCGGCUCGAGAUGCGGAGGUUAAGCGCCCGUAUAAACGCCAACUGUAUCAUGGCCAUGGGCAGUGGGAUGAGAGACUAGAGGCAGCUGAUAAGGAAGAGCUUCGGGAGAAGGAUAAGACUACGGGCCGUACUCAAAGAGUCAUCAAGCAUCCCAUGUUCAAGCCUUUCAAUGGCUUGGAGGCUGAGCAAUGGCUGGGCACUCAACCCGCCGGAGAGGUUAUUAUCCGUCCCUCAUCAAAGGGUAACGACCACUUGGCUAUUACCUGGAAGGUAGCCGAUGGAGUUUACCAACAUGUCGACGUCCUGGAACUCCAGAAGGAUAACGAGUUCUCCGUUGGCAAACUACUUAGAGUGGGCGGGAAGUUUACCUAUAAGGAUCUCGACGAACUUAUCCAUGAGCAUAUCGAGGCCAUGUCUAGAAAGGUGGACGAGAUGAUGCAACACGAGAAGUUUGAGAAGCGAUCCAAGCCCGAUCUUGAGAAAUGGCUCACAACGUACAUUGACGCCAAUCCCAACCGAUCCGCCUACGCCUUCUGCAUCGAUACCAAGCAUCCCGGCUACUUCUGGCUAUGCUUCAAGGCCAGUCGUUCCUCGCGGGUCAACUCCUGGCCGGUUCGGGUCAUCCCUGGCGGUUUCGAGCUGCUGAAGCAGGCUUAUCCAGAUAUGAGAGCACUUUGCAAUGGCUUCAAGAUUCGGUACCAAACUGAAAUCACUAAGAUGCAGAAGGGUGGUAGAUAG